GGCGGUAAAUCUAAAACUCUUGUUACGGGACGUCCUUUAACAGCGACUACUGAAGAUGACAACAGUGCUGUGCGACGCAUAAAAGAGAAAAAAAGGAGAGUGACCUUUCAGCAGAUACGGGCCAGCCAAGUCACAAUGGAGUUCUACGCGGUUAUGUUCCUUAGUUUUGUCGUAUUAUCACAAAGCUUUCCAGCGAAAUUUCAAAGGUCUAAUAAAAUAUCAUACUGCUACCCCUUCCCAUUCAUAUCGCGUGAAGAAUGGAAUGCGAAGCCACCAACAUCUAUCACAGAACAGAACACGCCAGUACCCCUGGUGAUAAUACAUCAUAGCUACAUACCAGACGUCUGCCACAGUCGGGCAGAAUGCGCUAGAUCAAUGCGCUCUAUGCAGUAUGCACAUCAGAUAACAAAUGGAUGGAACGAUAUUGGAUACAAUUUUGCAGUGGGCGGCGAUGGAGUAGUGUACGAGGGUCGAGGGUGGAACCGCGUCGGCGCUCAUGCAGCUGGUUUCAACACUAACAGUAUUGGUAUUGUCUUAAUUGGUGAUUGGGUAUCUACCGUUCCUGAAAAGAUGCAACUGAAUGUUGCAAAGGAACUUGUGAAGGUCGGUGUGGAACUGGGUUACGUUAGUCGUGAAUAUAAGCUAAUGGGACACCGACAAGUCGGAGCGACGGAAUGUCCUGGCAAUGCGCUAUUUAAAGAAAUCAGUACUUGGGAACGAUUCGCGUCUUCUUUAUAAUUGUACAUUUGACACCUCUAAUAGAAAAUUUAUUCAUACUAUACUUAACUGUAAUGCCUAUUGAUAUUUUUAUGUUUAUCAGCCAGUUUUAACAUAAAUGACUGAACAUUGUAACUAUGUUAAAGGUUAUAGAACCUUAUUACGCAGCUGUCGCUGAAAAAGUUAAAUUAAAAUAAUAUACUUUAAGAACUGUGUUUUAAUAAUCAAAUGUAUCAAUUGUAAGUAAGUUUUUUAGGUAAAGGCUUCAUUAAAGUAAUAGUUAAUUAAAUAAUAAUAAAUAAUGCCACUACCCGCUGGAACGAAUUUAUUAACACAAAAAAUGCCUUUGAGUAAAGCCCACCCUAAUAUGUAUAAUUAGAUUGUUAAUAAUAAUUAAUCUUUUAAAUGUAAUAUUAAGAAAAACAUGUUCAGUUUUUUUCCGGUCGGUCGAUAGCGAUUGAUACGAAAGUGCUUAUUGAUAAGAUCUUGAUAAUAUCGUCAUCAAAUCACGUAUAUUAUUAAUUGUAAUUAUAAUAUGUAAUAAAUUUAUAUCGCAAAUG